AUGGGUGGUGACAAAAUUGGUGGAUUGCUCAGGGCAGAGGAGACAGACCGAGAAGCCUUGAUUGGAUUCCAGGCCAAAAUAACCCACGAUCCUCUUGGGAUCACGAACUCCUGGAAUCAUAGCAUCCACUUCUGUGAGUGGCCUGGUGUUAAAUGCCGCCGUGUCAGUGCAGGCAUCAUGAGGGUCGCGACCUUGUACCGGCCCUCUGUCAACCUUGUCAACCUUGUAGGUUCCAUAUCACCGCAUAUUGGCAACUUGAGCUUCCUGAGUUAUCUGAAUCUGGCAAAUAAUAGCUUUAGCGGAGAAAUCCCUGAGGAAAUCCGCGGUCUGCGUAGAUUGAAGAUUUUAAUUCUGGACAGGAAUCUGCUUCAUGGUCCACUUCAAGUACCACCAUCUUCCACAACAUUUUUGUCCCUUGCAGACAACAAUUUUUCUGGAGAGAUUCCUUCCUCGAUAUGCAGGUUAAUUUCUCUGCAGCAUCUUUAUUUGUCUAAAAAAAAUGUAAGUGGAACUAUUCCAAAAUGCUUUGGAAACUUUAGAAAUCUCUCUGUCUUGGAUUUGGGAAACAAUAAUUUACAUGGUAGCAUACCAGCAGCAUUUGUGGAGGGUAAUAGCUUGAGUCGUCUUGACUUGAAUGGCAAUCAAUUGGAAGGGCCAUUACCAAGAUCUUUGUUUAAUUGUAGCAAGUUAGUAACUUUGAACUUAGGGAACAACAGGAUAAAUGGAUCUUUUCCCUACUGGUUGGAAAAUCUUGCAGAGUUACGAGUUCUUGUUCUGCUAUGCAACAGAUUCUCUGGUCCCAUACCAACCUCAAAAGCUCGAUUUCCUUUCCCUCGCUUGUUAGUAAUUGAACUCUCCCACAAUGACUUCACAGGUCCUUUGCCAGCCAGAUACUUUCAGCAAUUCCAAGCCAUGAUGAAAGAGAACACCUCUGAAUAUUAUGAGGCUCAUAUGACAAUCACAAUCAAAGGGGAUGAUUUUGAGGUGACCAAAGUCCUUGAUAUAUUUGCAAUGAUUGAUUUGUCAAAUAAUCAGUUUAGAGGAGAAAUUUCUGAAAAUAUUGGAGAGCUUGAACUUUUAAAAGGGCUGAAUUUUUCUCAUAAUCAUCUAUCAGGACAUACACCUGUGGGAAAUUUAUCAAAUCUUGAAUAG